CGGACGUUCCCACCAAAGCCAUUUUUCUCCCUCUGAUUGCGAUGGCCUCUCUCUCUCUCUCUCUCUCCUCUCUCCUCUCUCUCUCUCCCUCCCCCACAAGCUGUCUCCGAAAGGCGACACUGUCCACAUGGCCUCGGGUAACUCGCGUGAAAACCUCAACCAUCCUCGCGUAUGUACAUUUUUCCCCAUAGUUUACAGUUACAGAUGCUCCAAAUUAUACACACUCCGCAAUUCAAUCGAACUUUUUGACGCAAAUAAAAAACCUUUACUCAACAGUUUAUUCACUGCCCUUCUUCUUCAGUCCCACUUCUCCUCCCUCUCGAUCCAAUAAAUAAAACCCUCAGUUCAAUUCCACAACCUUGUCAAAUUACGUAAUCUUAUUCCUUUUGUGUAUACAUAACAGUAUUCGACCCAAUUCAUAUCCGAAUCGGAUAUUUCAUCAGGGUUUGGGGAAAAAUUGAUUGCGGAGCUUAUCCGAUUUGGGUGAAGUGAAUUUGGAGUGGUAGAGUUUGCAAUUGUUGGUUUUGAACGAGUGGUGGUGCUGAUUUUUGUUGAAACUCAGUGGUGGAUCCAUGGACAGUCGCGUGUAUUCUAAUACUAACAUGGCUCCGUAUUUGAGUUUAUUUGCUGCCUUAUCUUAUGGAGUUGCUUCAAUGGCCAUGGUUUUCAUCAACAAAGCAGUUCUCAUGCAGUAUGCAUACUCAAUGACUCUCCUCACUUUCCAGCAAGGGGUAACAACGUUGCUUAUACACUGCGGUCGAGUGAUGGGAUACACAAAAGCUAAAGGAAUCAACUUUGCGACUGCGAAAAAACUCAUCCUAGUUUCAUUAUUCUACAAUGCAAAUGUGGCAUUUGCUUUAGCAAGCUUGAAAGGAGUAAAUAUACCAAUGUAUAUUGCUAUAAAAAGACUUACACCACUUGCUGUGUUAGUUGCUGGAUUUUUUUCUGGAAAGGGGAGACCAUCAAAACAGGUCACUCUUUCAGUAAUAUUGACUGCUGCUGGUGUUGUUGUUGCGGCACUAGGAGACUUUUCUUUUGACCUUGUUGGAUAUAGCAUGGCCUUUACUUCUGUCUUCUUCCAGACCAUGUACCUUGUUUUGGUGGAGAAGUCUGGUGCUGAGGAUGGGCUUUCAUCAAUUGAGAUCAUGUUUUACAACAGCUUUUUGUCAUUACCUUUUUUGCUAUUUCUCAUCAUAGCGACUGGAGAGUUUCCAAAUUCUUUGACUGUAUUAUUUGCUAAGAGUACAUUAUCAUUUUCGGUGAUUGUUAUUCUCUCACUGGUGAUGGGCAUAGUUCUCAACUACACCAUGUUCUUGUGUACCAUUGUCAACUCAGCUCUAACAACCACUAUCGUCGGGGUCCUCAAGGGGGUUGGAUCAACAACACUUGGAUUUUUCAUGCUGGGAGGAGUGGAAGUGCAUGCUUUGAAUGUAACUGGAUUGGCUAUCAACACAGCGGGCGGCGUGUGGUAUUCAUAUGCCAAAUAUCAGCAAAAGCAGAACAAGCCAAAGCUCAUCUCAGAUGUCGAGUCUCAUGGGAGGUGAAACCAUCAAUUGAGGCUGUGUUGGUUAUGUGAACUUAUGGUAAAGAAGUCCAUGAUUUCUUUUUCUCUGGUUUUCCCUUAGUUAGUUUUACAAUAAAAGAUUUUUAACAUCGCACGAAAUUUCGUAUCAAAGCGUUUAAAUUAAACAGCAUGAUGCAUUGACUCCGAGUUCUCAAAUUUGCCUGUUGAAGGUACCUGAGCCAAAACUGGAAGUUUCUCAAACUCAAAUGACACGUUGAGAUUUACCUUGCACAACUCUGCAGCAUCUUCCUCUUUUGAUUCAAGCACAUUUUGUAUCUCAUUAGAAUAUCUUCAUCGAGAAUAUGGGUAAACCUUCCUCGUGAUUGUUUUAGUCUACUAGUCAAAAGACGUGUUCAAGGGCACCCUGCGUUCAUUUCACAAGGGGAGACAAUUACUGGUUUACAUUUUCAAGAAGUCGAGAUAUUUAAUCUCGAUUAACGAUUGGUUGUAAUGUUAACGAGGUUUUGAUACAUUCGCGUACGAGAUACUUUUCUUUCAUUCUUUUUUUAA